CACACGACAAGACUCGACUCGACACGACUCGACAAGGCACGACACGAUACAGGACACUGCUCGCGGCAUGCCCGGUACAACGCGCAACCACAAAGAUCGGGACGGUUCCACCACCGAGCGGGAGGUGGAGACCAAGGCGGAUGGAGCGUCGGCGUCCUCCGUGCCUCGGAGCAGAACGGCCAAGGGAUCGUCGUCGUCGUCGUCCCCUUCGCCCGGGCCUUGCGAACUCCCCUCCGUGACGCUCUCCGUCUUUUUGUACUGGGUCCUCCCGGUGCUGGUGAUCGCCUGCUCGACCCGGUUCCUGGUGGACCCGGGCGCCGCGGCCGGCCUGGGCCUCGGGGGCGGCUCGCCACCGGUGGUUCCCGCCCCGCCGACCGGUUCGCCCGAAGCUGCUUCGCCCCUGCCUUCCCCGCUGCCGGCGCCCCCGUCCUCCCUGCCCACCGUCCCGUCCCUCUCUCCGUCCUCCGUCGAGAAACCCAAGCGGAAGCAGACCCCGGUCCCAACCCUCGUGGCCGAAAAGCCGACGGCCUACGCGGACGCCGUCCGGGCGAUCGCCCGCCGCCGCCUGGACUGGAGCAACGUCGACAGCAACCCCAUGGAGGGCUACCCUUCCGGUCCCGAAAGAAAGGCCGGAAGCGGAAGUGGUUCCGGGCCGGGCGCUGGUGGCGGCGGCAGCAGCAACAAGAACACCGACAACUCCGGCGCCCGCACGAGGAGCUGCCGCGGUGGCGGAGACGCGAAGCCACCUCCGGCCGGUAGCCGCGGGGUUCCCCGGGGGGCUUCGAUGGAUCCCGUCCGGAUAAAGCUGGUGGAAAAAAUCGACGCGCUCAGGGCAAGGCACGAGGUACGAAGCCGUCCUCCGCGGCCGUUUGCGUCGCAUGCUUUGCUUUGGCUCGUUUCGAUUCGAACAAGGAUCCCUGCCGGUCCCACACUGCCUCACACGUUUUUUCGGUCCUUUCUCGAUCCUGCCAUCUACCAUGCCACAGGAGGAUCCCAGCAACCUGUUCGACCUGAUACACCUGGCGGACGCGCUCAGGCUCUACGACGUGCAAUACCACGACGGCGGCAGCUUCCAGGAGGAGGCCAUCGAUAGGUACAAAGCAGCCAUCUCCCUGGCCAUGGCCACGCGCCAGGCAAAGCUGGAUCGGGGCGAGGACACCCGGUCGCCAAACGUCCAGGGAGAGAUGGUCCUGGACUACGAAGCCAGGAGCAUCGACAGCAUCCUCUGCGCCCUCCACACGUCCCUCGGAAAGGUCUACUUCAUGUCGAACAUGUUCGAGAGGGCCGUCGAAUCCUACACCGAGGCGCUCGGGAUCGAGCCCAUGUACCUGGAGGCCAUUGCCGCGCGGGGGUCCUCGAGGAUCAUCCUCGGCAAGUACCGAGAGGCGGGCAGGGACCUGACGACCGUCAUGGAGCGCGACGAGAGCGGCAUGUUCCUGGACGUCUACACCGGGCUGGCGCGCAUCCUCCAGGCCCGCGAAGACGCCGUGCCCACCGGGUGGGGACCGAUCGUCGAGCGGCUGCAACGGAUGAUCCCGCUCCUGGAAGAACAGCACGCGUCCCUCCACGACCACCAGCGGAAGGGGCGGCAGAACAACAUCGCCCACGGCCUCAACCGCCUCUUCCACGUCCUCUUUAUGUACCACGAUACCAAGACCAAGGACACGGACGCGGCCUGGGAGAACCUCACCAAGUCGUACCACUACAAAAUGGGGGCCCUUCCUCCCUGGAACGCCGGCUUUGAAAACCAGAAAAUCUCCGCCACCAAACAGAUCUUCAGCCGGAGCUUUUUCCCCGACGGGGUCGGGAGCCAGAGCGAGGUCCCGAUCUUCAUCAUCGGCUUUGUCCGCAGCGGCUCCACGCUCCUGGAGCGGGUCCUCGAUGCCCACCCGCAGAUCGUCGGGACCGGGGAGAACUCGGUCUUCAACGGCCGGCUGGACGAGAUCCGGAACAAGAUCGUCGAGACGAGCCUGUCGGGGGACACGAACCAGCUCAAGAGGGUCAUUGCGUCGCUGGCGGACGGGGUCGUCGACGAGAUGAGGGAGCGGUGGAAGAUGGUCUCGGCCGGGACCACCGGGGGCGCCGGCCCGGAAGAGGAGGAGACCCCCCUUCGCUUUACCGACAAGAUGCUCACGAACUACUACAACGUCGGCUUCAUCCACAUGCUCUUCCCGAACGCCCUGAUCCUCCACGUCAUCCGGGAGCCCAUGGACACGAUCUUUUCGGCCUACAAGCACGAGUUCCCGGCGGGGACCCUCGACUACACGUCGGACUUUCCGAGCCUCGCCGAGCUCUACCACGGCUACCGCGACCUCAUGGACCACUGGGACCGGGAGCUCCCGGGCCGCGUGACGCACGUGCGGUACGAGGACAUGGUCCACGACAUGCCCGGGGUCGCCCGGAGGAUCGUCGCCGCCACCGGCCUCGAAUGGGACGACUCGAUCCUCGACUUUCACAAGAAGAAGCACGCCGUCAACACGCUCUCCACGACGCAGGUCCGGAGGGGGGUCUACAAGGACAGCCUCAAGUCGUGGAAGCGCUACGAGAAGCACCUGGGCCCGCUCCUCGAGCUCAUCGGGGAGCGGACGUCCUGCGGCAUCGAGACCACGCUUCCCGGCUACGAAAAGCCCCCGGUGGAGCACGCCGCUUCCGGAGACGGCGACCCUGGGGGAGCGCCGGUGGCCGGAGGCACCGGGGCCGCCCCAUCGGAGGGCGAACUGUGAUGCCGCCAAGAGAUUCCGCCUCGAAAUUAGAGAUUU